AGUCAGUCAGCAGCCUGUUUCGGAGAUAUAAAACUGGAAAAUAGAACAGCUCAAUUCACAGCUCACAUCACCUCCAACUCCCACACUCUGAGAAGAGAGACACCAGGCUAAGAUGGAACCCUUGAAAAGUGCAAGAAAAGUUGACUUACAGGAAUCUGGCAGUGACCUGUCAGAGCAGAUUAAAGUUGCCACUCAGGAGACACACGUGAGAGCGGAGAACGCAGAACUUAUGACCAGUUUCCAGAAGGGACAAAUCACUCGGACACAGUACAAGGUUCUGCUGUGUUCUCUUUAUGAGAUCUAUACAGCGCUGGAGGAGGCUUUGGACAGAAACUCCUCUCAUCCAGCUGUGGCUCCCAUCUACUUCCCACAGGAGCUGGACCGUACUGAGGCUUUGGAGAGUGACCUGGAGUUCUUCUUAGGUCCACAGUGGAGGAGCAAGGUCAUUGUUCCAGCCGCCACUCACCGAUAUGCACAGAGGCUACGAGAGGUUGGUAAGGAGAAGCCAGAGCUGUUGGUGGCCCACGCCUAUACUCGUUACCUGGGAGACCUUUCAGGUGGUCAGGUCCUGGGGAAGCUUGCUCAAAAGGCCCUGAAUCUGGAGGGCAAAGAUGGACUCUCUUUCUUCUCCUUCCCCGGAGUGAGCAGUGCCAACCGCUUUAAGCAGCUGUACCGGAGCAGAAUGAACAGCAUCGAGUUGUCGGAGGAGCAGAGGAAAGAGGUCCUACAGGAGGCUGUGGACGCCUUUAACUUUAACAUCCAGGUUUUCGAUGACUUACAGAAAAUGCUGAGUGUGACAUCUGAAUCUUCAGAGAAGCCCCAACAAACAUCUCAGAGGGCCCCCUUCUACUUCCCCCCUCCCUCUUCUUUGCAGCUCACUGUGGGGCUGUGUGUGGGGCUGUUCACUGUAGGCAUUGGACUGUAUAACUUUUAAAUGAAACCAGUAAUUCGGCACAAGAUGCACUUUAUGAUGUUUUAAGAUAUUUUUUACUAAUCAAACUAGUUGGAUCCAAUGAAAAAUGUAUUUAAAAUGAUUAAUUUAAUUAUGUAUAACUGUUAUUCAAUCAACAAAUUAGCAGCUUAAUCUAAGGUUUUAAAACAUUUACCAUAAGUCAAACUAAUUACAUUCCUAAUAUUUUGAGAAAGCUUGUGUACAAGAUGAAGAUAGAUUUGUAAUGCUUUGAAUGCUUUUACUAACAACUGACAAUUAGCUUACAUAAAUACAGAAAGUAUUUGAUUAAAAUGUGAUUACAGCUAUAAAUAAAAAUAAUUUAUAACUGUA